UAUGCAUCACCUCGAGUCUCUUACUUAGUCUUCCUUUCUGAAAAACACAGUGAUGAACUCAAGACCUGCCACACAUCCAAGUAAGCACCCCUGAACCGGCAAUCAAAGCCAAGAGAAGCAAUUACAAGCCAAGAACAGCUUCAAGCACUGCUUGAUAAGAAGAUGCGUUCAAGACCAUACACCCCGCCACCGGCUCUCCCAUCUUUUCUCGAUGACAUUGCAGCAAUGCUCCCUAUCCCAAAGCCAGCAUACCGCUCUAAGGAUGAUUCAGACAUUCAGCUUCAGGAGCUCGACCCUGAAUCUAGUCGACUCAUUCCCCAGAAGAAGAAGUCGCAUCGAGUAUGGGUACAGGGUAAACUGGCACAAGUGAGGAGUGUGUCGACCUCGAGGAUCAAGUCACAAAAGAAAGCAAGGGAAGGAGGGAAAGGCAAAGAUGUUGAUAAGAACACUGAAGCCUCCCAAAGGCGAAAUUCGGUCGGAGGUGAGCAGGAUGCAGGCACCGAAACGGAGGAUGAGGAGACUGCUGUCAGAGCUCGUCAACUGAGAGGCUAUGGCAUUGGAGGCAUCGGGAACAUCCGACGACCGACUGAGGUGAUUCAUGGACCGAAUCCGCCACCAGCACAUGGCGAGGCCAGCACCCUAUCCAAAGGCCGUACAGGGUCGAAGUGGAAUCUGAGAGAGAUGCUCGCACUUGAACCAGAGGCCUCCACUACGCCAAGGAAAUGAGAUAAAGAGCUGCCGUGGCUUUACGUCCCCGAUGCGUCUGGGCAGCAUCUUAUUGUGGUUGCUCAUCCAACUUCCAAGUCUGGAUAACGGCACAGCUGGUUUACAUGGCGGACAAGCUCAACAUGAUCUGAUUUUGAUGCAAUAAGAGGCACAAGUGCUACUGGGCGACGUCUGUUUGCUUCCAUGUCGAAACACACGAGGUCCAUGGUGUGUUUCGGCGGGGAAUCGGGUGAGCACGGCUGAAUGAUAACAUUGUGUUCGUGUUCAUAUGCUUAUCAUGUACUUUCAUCAAUCUACAUACCUGUGAAUCCCCUAGGAAUCGAUGACAA